UCCAUAUUUCCCCCAGCGCCUCUGGCGGAAAACUCAGCAAACCUUCUUUCCAUUUGACGUUUUCAGUGAAAACCACGAAGGUCUCAAGAUGACAAAUUCAAAGGGAUAUCGCCGUGGCACCAGGGACAUGUUCUCCCGUCCCUUCCGGAAACGCGGAGUCAUCCCCCUGUCCACAUAUCUAAAAGUCUACAAGAUCGGGGACAUUGUUGACAUCAAGGGCAACGGUGCUGUCCAGAAGGGUAUGCCCUACAAGGCUUACCACGGCAAAACCGGCCGGGUGUUCAAUGUGACAGAACACGCUCUGGGCGUGAUUGUGAACAAGCGCGUGAGGCAUCGUAUCAUCCCCAAGAGAAUCAACGUGCGAAUUGAGCAUGUGAGUCACUCCAAGUGCCGUGAGGACUUCCUCAGGCGCGUGAAGGACAACGAGAAGAAGAUCAAGGAGGCCAAAUCCACCGGCGUCUACGUCAACCUGAAGCGUCAGCCAGCUCAGCCUCGUGGUGCCACAAUCCUCAAGGACGCCCCCGAACCCAUUGUCCUGGCGCCAAUCCCAUAUGAAUUCAUAGCUUAAAGUUUGGCCCCAAAUAAAACUCCGUGAAAUAUG